AAACACGUAUGUAGUUUUUAGCUCCAUUCCUUUUAAACACCGAUUCAUGAGUUCAUGACUCUCUUCUUCUAUGACUCCAAUUCAUACAUAAACCUCGUACCUCCCAACUUCCACGGCUCAAGGUUCGAUACGCAGAGUCAAGUCAGCAUAGUCAGAAUUGUACACUUAGUUUCAGUGAUAUGAAGGUGAAUUGAGUAGUGGGUAUUGGUUAAAAUUUGAGAAGAAAUGAGUUACAGAAGGAGGUUUGGGAAAGAUAAUAGUGCCUGUGAUAGUGGAAAUGAUGUUGAAGGUUCUGCUUCAGGUGAAGAAGCCAACGAAGCAUCAAAGAGUCUUGAUCAUGAAGUGGCUCACCUCACAAAGCUUAAAUCAAGACCCCAUCAGCAUUUGAGGGGGGUUUUGCCCGGAAAGUUGAGGUUGCCGGUAUCAACACUGAAAAUGUUGAUGGGCCGUGAGAGUAAUUAUUCGGGACGAGGGAGGUUUUCAUCAGCGGAUGCUUGUCAUGUUUUAAGUCGGUAUCUGCCCGUUAAUGGUCCCUGGGGGGUGGACCAGUCAAAUAGCCCUGCAUAUGUUUCUCAGUUUUCGAACAAUGGCUUGUUUUUUGUUGCUGGGUUUCAGGGAGGCCAUAUUAGAAUAUAUGAUGUUGAAAAGGGAUGGACAAUUCAGAAGGACAUUCGAACCAAAAGCUUGAGAUGGACAAUUACUGAUACAUCUCUAUCACCAGAUCAACGAAAUCUUGCAUAUGCUAGCAUGUCACCUAUUGUCCAUAUUGUCAAUGCUGGAUCUUCUACGACAGAGUCAGUUGCAAACAUUACGGAAGUACAUGAAGGUCUCGAUUUUUCUGUUGAUUAUGAUGAUGAAGAAUUUGGAAUAUUCUCUGUUAAAUUUUCAACUGAUGGAAGAGAGCUUGUGGCUGGAAGUAGUGAUGCUUCAAUACAUGUUUAUGAUCUCCAAGCAAACAAAGUUAGCCUCAACAUACCAGCACACACGUCAGAUGUAAACACAGUAUGCUUUGCAGAUGAGACUGGCCAUCUUAUAUUUUCCGGCAGUGAUGAUAACCUCUGUAAGGUGUGGGAUAGACGCUGCUUUGUCACGAAAGGGCAAGCAGCCGGGGUUCUGAUGGGACAUCAGGAAGGCAUAACGUUUAUUGAUAGUCGGGGAGAUGGGCGUUACUUAAUAUCAAAUGGGAAGGAUCAGACUACCAAACUUUGGGAUAUACGGAAGAUGUCCUCUAGAAAUUUGUAUCCAAGGAUUACAGAUCAUGACUGGGAUUACAGAUGGAUGGAGUACCCAGGUCAUUUAAGAACUUCUAAACAUCCCUUUGAUCAGUCCUUGGCUACAUUUAGAGACCAUUCAGUCCUGCGCACUUUAAUUCGCUGCUACUUUUCUCCAGCAUAUAGCACUGGACAAAAGUACAUUUACACUGGAUCUAGUGAUCAUGCAGUCUAUAUUUAUGAUCUGGUGACUGGUGCUCAAGUUGCAAAACUCGUCCAUCAUGAUGAACCGGUAAGAGAUUGUAGUUGGCAUCCUACUUAUCCCAUGCUGGUCAGUUCAUCCUGGGAUGGAAGUAUCGCGAGAUGGGAGUUUCCUGGAGAUGAUCAAGUUCCUACAGUGGUAAAGCCAAGAGUAAGGCGGAGGAGGGCUUUCUAUUGAGGAUGGCUCGUUCCUUUGCACAUACUAGAUGUUCUUGGUACUUGAUUUGAUAAGUGCUUCUGAAAGUUGUAAGAUUAUGCUCCAUAGUUUUUAAAAGGUGCAGUCAGUACAGAGAAAUUAUACGUCGUUUCUUCACAGCUGUGUAAUGGCUGUACAAAUAUACGUAUGCUCAAAAUCCAUAUGUUGUAUGA